AUGGCCAACCGCGUGCACCGAAUCACCAUGUUCAAGCUGCCUAGCAAGGACGAGCAGGCCAAGCUUCUGGACCAGUACCACAAACUCAAUGCCUCUCAGCAAAAGGACGGCAAGCCCUAUAUCCUCUCCAUGGUUGUUGGUGCCGCCGAUGAGGAUGCUCGGUCUCAGGGAUAUACAUUUGUUUCCAAGACCGAGUUCGCUAGCAUGGAGGACAUGAAGUAUUAUGACGAGGGUUGCCAGGCUCACCAAGCGCUCAAGGACUUUGUCAAGGGCUCGCUUAACCCUCAGGGGGUCAUGACCGUCUACUUCAAACCCCAGGCUGUCGGUGGUGCCGAUCACAGUUCCUGA